AAGUACCAGCAUGGAAGAUAACCACAGCGACCAACGAGCUCCAGGUUCCUUGUGUUCAGGAACAGCUCAAAGAUUUUCAUCCUUUUCACUCUUGUAAAAUUAAUAAACUCAUUCUACUGUCCAAACCUUGCAGUCACUCUUGCUUCAUUGCAUUCUCCUACUUCAAUCCGCAUCUCCUGCGCCUCUCUGAGCUCUCUCUACCCUCAUCCUGGACCGGCAUUGACGAUAUCUUCAUGUGCUGAGUCAACCCCCGGUCUUUGACAGCAUGAAGUUCGGCCAACAGCUGCGCCAGUCCCUCAUUAAAGACUACUACUGGCACUAUAUCUCCUACGACGAGCUAAAAGAUGCCUUGAAAAAACCACACAUCUCUGGCAAGAGCGGCGACCGGGAGCCUUGGAAUGACGACGACGAAGCCUCCUUCAUUCGACAACUCGAGGCCGAACUCGACAAGGUCUUCACCUUCCAAAAGCUCAAGAGCCAGGAGAUAGUGUCUCGCAUCAAGGCCGCCGAAGCCGAGGUCAAACAAGUGGUUGAAAGGCAAGAACAGCUCAAUAGUUCAGACCCCGAGAGCGAUGAAGACCUCGAAGGCGACUUUGAGCUUCUCGAAGCCGACCUUAGCGAUAUCAUCGCCGACGUUCACGACCUGGCAAAAUACACCCAACUGAAUUACACCGGCUUCCAAAAGAUCAUCAAGAAGCAUGACAAACAGACCAACAUGUACCUUCGCCCCUCCUUUGCAACCAGACUCAAAGCAAAACCUUUCUUUCAAGAUAACUACGAUGCCUUCAUUGUCACUCUCUCCAAACUCUACGACCUCGUCCGUACAAGAGGCAAUCCCGUCAAAGGUGACAGUGCCGCCGGUGGUGGUCAGCAGAAUUUUGUCCGUCAGACCACAAAGUAUUGGGUUCAUGCCGACAACAUCACCGAAUUGAAACUCAUCGUCCUCAAGCACUUGCCUGUCUUGGUAUUCAAUCCCAACAAAGAAUUUGAGGAGAGGGACUCUGCCAUCUCCUCAAUCUACUACGACAACACCGACACCUGGGAGCUGUACGAAGGCCGUCUGAAGAAGACUGAAGGCGCCGAAGCCAUCCGUCUGCGUUGGUAUGGCGGCAUGGAGAACGAAACCAUUUUUGUCGAGAGGAAAACACAUCGUGAGGACUGGACUGGCGAAAAGUCUGUCAAAGCCAGAUUUACUCUCAAGGAGAAAAAUGUCAAUGCCUUCAUGCGAGGCGAAUUCACGGUCGAGGAUGCCUUUGCUAAAAUGCGCAAGGAGGGCAAAAAGAGUCUAAAAGAGAUUCAAGACCUAGAGCAGUUGGCUCGCGAGAUUCAAUAUCGAGUCAUCACUCGAAAACUCGUGCCUGUGACAAGAUCAUUCUAUCACAGAACUGCUUUUCAACUUCCCGGUGACGCUCGCGUGCGUAUCUCAUUGGAUACUGAGUUGACCAUGACCCGAGAGGACAAUCUAGAUGGGAGGCAAAGGUCUGGCAAUAACUGGAGACGCAUGGACAUUGGUAUUGACUGGCCUUUCUCCCAAUUACCUCCAGAAGAUGUCGAACGUUUUCCUUACGCAGUCCUCGAAGUCAAGCUACAAACACAGGCGGGGCAAGAACCUCCCCAAUGGGUCCGAGAUCUGACGUCCAGCCACCUGGUCGAAGCCGUUCCCAAGUUCUCCAAAUUCAUCCACGGUACCGCCACCAUGUUCCCCAACAGAAUCAAUCUACUGCCAUUCUGGAUGCCGCAGAUGGACGUCGAUAUCCGAAAACCCAUCACCCACCAAUUUGGCAUCGAGAGACCUGCCAACACCGCCAGCUACUCCACCAGUGAUGUGGACGACUCCGACGACGAAGAUUUCGAGGACGGAGAAGUCACCGGCGCCACCACGCCGUACGCCAAUGGCUCCAAUGAAGGCGACGAUGAAGCAACCAGACGUCUCAAGGCUGCCAGAAGGGCCUUGGACGAGCAUAGCAGAGCCCAGGAAGAGGACGAAGCACGAGGUCUCCAACCUGCACCAGGAAACUCACUGGAUGAAGAAGAACGCGUGUCAGCAUUGCCAGUAGGUCCUCAAGAGUACCUCUAUGACUCGGAAGAGGAGGAGGACGGAGACCGUGCUGAGAGCCGGCUUGAAGAAGCUCGCCGAUCGGGAUCUUGGAAAUUCUAUCCUCUUGUUCUGCAACACCACGUCCGACUGGCCGGCAAUACAAUGUUCAGUGCGUUGAGCAAACUUCCAACCACCACGCCUCUCCCUCAGAAUGGAGGGAUUGGUGGCGUCAAUCCUCUGAACGGUCAAGUCUCGACAGUCAAACGAUUCAAGGCGCCAAAGGGGAAACGGAUCCAUGUGCCGGUGCGAGUCGAGCCAAAGGUCUACUUCGCGGCAGAGCGGACUUUUCUCUCGUGGCUCGAGUUUAGCAUCAUUAUUGGAUCGAUUGCGGCCACACUGCUCAAUUUUGGCGACAAUGUCAGCCUGAUAUCGGCGUGGGGAUUCACCAUUGUGGCAUGUGCAGCAUUGAUCUAUAGUGUAGCAAUCUAUUGGCUGCGGGUGCAAAUGAUUCGGAAAAGAAGGGCGACCGUCGGUCGGUACUACGACAAGUACGGCACGACUGCUCUGUGUAUGGGCUUGUUUGCAGCCACGGCGGUGUCUUUUGCGUUUCGUAUUCGGGAGGAUGGCUGGUUUGAAAAGUGACGGUGACAGUCCGCGCAGUAUGAAUUGAGAGUCUUUGUUCCGACGGGCAGGAUUAGUGUAAAUAGAAAUACCCGCCAGCACGGGUGAAGGAUCAGUCUCUGACCACCGCUGCCCCAACAUGAUGUAUUUUCUGCAGAAAAACCAUCGAGGAUGAGCAAGACUUAAUUAGAGAUGGUUUGAAUGGCAGUGUGUGUGGAUCAAACGAUGC